AUGGAGGUUGAAGAAGAAGUGAGAGACAUCGUGGAUCAGGUAAAGGACCUCCACGACUCAGCCACCUCCUUCCUAUCUGCUUCUUCCCACGAAGAGGUCUCUCUCCGCAACAGAUCCUCCGCCGUUGACGCAUCAAUCACCCGCCUCCACUCCACCCUCCUCUCCGACAAACAUCUCGAUCCCAAGAUCUUCGACAAGGCAUUCUUCAAAGAUCUCUCUCUUUCUCUUCAUAUGAAAAAACUGGAGGAGGAUCUGCAACGAGCUAGAUGCAUGCUUGCCGAUGGCGACACUUCCUCUUUCCUCCCCUCCAAACCUCAAGGACGGUUUGUAACAAUGUUUUUGGGACCUGUGAAUGUCCGAGCCUCAAGGAAAGAUAUACAGCUUAAAGUCAAAGAAGAAUACAAUAGCUACAGAGAUAGGACAGCUCUUCUUUUCCUUGUUUUCCCUGCAAUACUUUUGACCCUAAGAUCUUAUGUCUGGGAUGGAUGUUUGCCUGCUUUCCCUGUUCAGCUCUACGAGGCUUGGCUUUUGUUCCUUUAUGCUGGUUUGGCUAUGCGAGAGAACAUAUUGAGAGCCAACGGGAGUGACAUCCGUUCAUGGUGGCUUUAUCAUCACUAUUGUGCCAUGGCUAUGGCCCUUGUCAGUCUCACUUGGGAGAUCAAAGGUCAACCAAACUGUGUUCAGAAGCAGAAAGGAGUCCGUCUCUUCCUCCAAUGGGCUAUGAUGCAAGGUGUUGCGAUGCUUCUGCAAAAUAGAUAUCAGCGCCAAAGAUUAUACACUCGCAUUGCACUAGGAAAGGCUAAGAGGAUGGACGUUGUGUGGGGAGAAACGGCUGGAGUAGAUGGGCAACUAUGGCUGUUAUGUCCUCUUUUGUUCACUUUACAGGGCUUUGAAGCAUACGUUGGUCUGCAGUUACUAAGGACUGUGUUAACUGGGGUAGUCGCCGAAUGGCAGGUGUUAAUUUGUGGUGUUCUUCUGGUUGUGAUGGCCGUUGGAAACUUCAUAAACACAGUAGAGACGUUGAUGGUGAAGUCGAGGUUCAAGGCUAAGAUGAAGAGAAGUAAAAGCAGAGCGGAGCUCGAUUAAACUACAUAAGCUUAUAUUGACUACAGCUUCAUAGUUCCCAACUUUCGAUCUUUCUCCAUAUUUUAUUUUGCUUGAUAAAUUUUUUUGUUUUUUUGGGGCACAAGUGACCUAAGGUUUUGAAAAAGUUGAAAUAGCCCUUUCUUUGUGUAAAUGGAAGUGGGAAUUGGUAGUUGAUGGAUCGUUUUUUUUUUGUUUUUGUAAAUGUUUCAACUAACAUUUGUUGAGUUUCUAACCAUCAGAUGCUCAAAAAUGGUAGUUGAAAGAUGGAAAAAGAUUCGUAACUACACAAGCUAUGGGGUAAUGUAUGUGAAUUUAUCCAAGUAUUGUAAUAUGGCAACAACUACACUACUAUGUCUAAUAUAUGGUUAUACUAGG